UUUUCCUUUUUUGGAAAAAAAAUUAUCAGAUCUGCUCGCAUUUCGUGUUCAAUUGAUUUCUAAUUCGGUGUGGAAGAAGCAGAUCUCCAAAAUUGGCUCCCCAAAAGAGAUUGAUGCGCCACGUGGGUGGCCAGAUGCAGCAGGGCAGUAUGGCGGGGGCCACCGCUCUCUAUGAGAAUGGUGGCCCAGCUGUCUCCGGUGGAGAUGCGGGAGAUGCUGUGAUGGCCCGCUGGCUACAGUCUGCCGGGCUGCAGCAUCUGGCCUCUCCAGUGGCUUCCAAUGCAGUUGAUCACCGUAUGCUCCCCAAUUUAUUGAUGCAGGGCUAUGGACCACAGUCUGCAGAAGAGAAACAGAGACUUUUCAAACUAAUGAGGAAUCUCAAUUUUAAUGGUGAAACUGUUUCUGAACCUUAUACCCCAAGUGCCCAAAGUUCAGGCGCAUUUGCUUCGUCAGAAGGAUUUUAUUCUCCUGAGUUUAAAGGGGAUUUUGGAGCUGGGCUUUUGGAUCUGCAUUCUAUGGAUGAUACAGAGCUAUUGUCAGAUCAUGUUAUCACCGAGCCAUUUGAGCCUUCUCCUUUCUUGCCCGCUGUGACCAAAGCAUUUGAAAGUGACUGUGAGAUAGCCAGCAGGCAGCAGAGAGGUCAAACAGAUACAACCGAGGCAAUUGCUGGAUCAGCUGCUACUGAAAAAGAAAGCAGCACGAGGGAGAAUAAUCUGGCUAAGAUCAAAGUUGUGGUACGCAAGAGGCCGUUGAACAAGAAGGAAAUUUCUCGCAAAGAGGAUGAUAUUGUGACUGCGUAUGAUGAUGCCUAUUUAACAGUCCACGAGCCGAAGUUAAAGGUCGACCUGACUGCAUACGUCGAGAAACACGAGUUUUGUUUCGAUGCAGUUCUAGAUGAGCAUGUGACGAAUGGUGAGGUGUACGCCAACACUGUUGAGCCAAUUAUACCCACCAUUUUUCAACGUACCAAAGCUACAUGUUUUGCAUACGGUCAAACAGACAAAGCUGCCAUUUUAACACCGGAGAUAGACAGUGGUUCAGUGUUGCUCCACUUUAUAGAAACCAAACCUUGUGAAUUUUUUCCUCAGAGAAGUGGUAAGACAUAUACAAUGCAGCCAUUGCCCCUCCGAGCAGCAGAAGACCUUGAGUUUGAAGUGUCAGAUGUGCAUAUUGUGAAAGAAUAUAUUGAGAGGGGAAAUGCGGCUAGAAGUACUGGUUCAACAGGUGCCAAUGAAGAGUCCUCAAGAUCCCAUGCAAUUUUGCAAUUGGCUGUGAAGAAGCACCUGGAGGUGAAAGAAUCUAAAAGAAGUAAUAAUAUUAAUGAUGCCAAUGAACCCAGGAGCGGGAAGAUUGUUGGAAAAAUUUCUUUUAUUGAUCUUGCUGGUAGCGAGAGAGGUGCUGACACUACAGAUAACGAUCGACAAACAAGGAUUGAAGGAGCAGAAAUUAACAAAAGUCUAUUGGCACUCAAGGAGUGUAUUCGAGCUCUUGACAAUGACCAGAUUCACAUCCCAUUCCGUGGAAGCAAACUUACGGAGGUGCUCCGUGACUCAUUUGUUGGGAAUUCACGGACUGUUAUGAUCUCUUGCAUCUCCCCUAAUGCUGGCUCAUGUGAGCACACUCUCAAUACAUUGAGAUAUGCCGAUCGGGUUAAGAGUCUUUCAAAGAGUGGGAACCCAAGAAAGGACCAGACGAAUUCACUGCCGCCUGUUGUCAAGGAACCUUCAUCAUUGGCUCCAACUUUGUCCUUGACUUCCGAGUCAGAGGAAGCGUACGAGCAGCUUCAAGUAUCUAAAGUAGUGGAUACAAGUAGAAGGCAUGCAGCUAAGGAAGUUUCAUCUUUCAAUGAUGAGAAACUUCCCUCCAGUUUUUCUUCGAAUGUUAGAUUCAGUGGGCGUGAGGAAAGUGAGGUGACCGCUGGUGAUGAAAAAGAACGUUCCCUUGAAGUUAGAAAUGCUUUUAGGGCUCCUCGUAGCCAGAAGACAUUUUCGGUUGGCAGUUACUCACAGAGUUCAACUGACGUUGAAGAGAGAGUGCAGAAAGUGUCCCCACCACGACAGAAGGCUUACAGUUACAAGGACGAAAAGAUUGAGGAGGGAAAAAGAGACAUUGACAGCUUGGAUCUUAUGCCGCCAAGUAGUUAUAAGCAGAGGAUAGUAUACAAUUCUAGUGCGAGAAGCACUGGCUCUAAACAGUGUGAACCCGAGCCGCCUCCUGAUGGGAGAAUGAAUGAAAUACUUGAGGAAGAGGAGGCCCUUAUUGCAGCCCAUAGGAAAGAGAUUGAAGAUACUAUGGAGAUAGUUCGUGAGUCUGGUCAGCCUUCAAGCCCGACUGGCAAGAUUCCAGCACCGGCUAAAAGAGCAGGAAAUUCUGAGUCGAAAGAGGUUACCCCGCUAAGAAGAAACCUGCACUGUACCAGCUUUGAAGGGUAUAAAUGUCCUUUCCUGUUGUGUACCAUGUGUAACUGUCAAAGCAGGCAUACAAAACGUAAGGUGGGAGUUGUAAUUCUGAAGCACCGUGAGGUGAAGGUGUAA